AUGUCGGAUUCACAAAAGCAGCAAUCAAAAUGGACACUGUUGCGCAUUUUACUGAAAUUUGUUGUCAGGUGUCAGAAAUUUAUAGGUCGUCUUUUAGGUUCAAGACCAGUCCCUGGGCUUGGAGGAGGGGAACGAGAUCAAAUAAAACAUGAAACCAGGAAAUCGGAAAAAGAUAAAUCGGAGAAAAAGUCAAAGUGGUCUAUCGUGAAGCAUUCCCUAAUCUUUAUACAGCGAAUGAAAAAGAAACCAGCUGCAAGGGCCGAGGAUAAGACCCCGGAGACUCCAAAAGUUAUCCAGGAAAUUUAUGCACGUACUAGAAGAAGGUCUACUUCAGCACUCGGUAUAGAUCGCAAAAUGCAGGAGGAGAUAUACCAGAUCUGUGGAGAGGAGAUAAACUUGUAUCUGAGAGGAGUAAAUAUACGUGCUGGAUCUGACUCGAGUAUGGAGUAGUGUAUACUUCAAUUCUGAACAACUUAUCAAACCUAAGCUCUUGUGUUUGAGAUCCUUAAUCCCGUUUGCUUAAUUUCGAUAUCCACUGUGGACACUUUUGAUUUUCUGCUUGAUCCUCUCCUUUGAAUAUCCCUGAUGGGUUCUUAACUAGGAGAGUUCUCUCGUUGGUUGCUAAAUCAUCUUGGCUUUAAGGUUUCUGCUAACGACACUCUGAUUGGUUGAAUUUUAGACACAUUCCUGAAUAUCAAAAAUAAAGAUUAAAUCAAUCUGAAGUUUGUUA